AUGACUUCCACUUUGGGGCCGGCGGAGGCUGGCGCUGCAGGGAGAGGCCGCAGCCGUAGUCCCGGCGACGUGACUGCAAGGCGAAUUCCCGCGCCGAAGGGCCGAACCCCAAGUACCUGGAGGCGGCGGCGGCGGGAAACUGCCGGGCCGGUUCGCUGGACCGCGUCGGAGGAGCGGCGGGCGGCGCGCGCAGGCUUCUCCGGCCGCAUUUCGUCCCCGCGUGCUCCGUGGGGGAGCGCGUUCUGCGGCGUCCUGGCUGCCAGGGCCGUGGGCGUCCAGGCGGUGGCCUGGCUGCUCCUCUGCGAGGCGGCGGGGCUCUCCGGCACACCGGCCGCCCCCGCCGGAGCCGGUAAAAAGGCCACUUGUUCUGAAAUUAUUUUGAGGCAAGAAGUUUUGAAAGAUGGCUUCCACAGAGACCUUUUAAUAAAAGUGAAAUUUGGAGAGAGCAUUGAGGACUUACAGACCUGCCGACUCUUAAUUAAACAGUACAUCCCGACAGGACUUCUUGUGGAUCCAUAUGAAUUGGCUUCAUUACAAGAGAGCAACAUAACAGAGGCUGUGAUGGUUUCGGAAGAUUUUAAUAUAGAAGCUCCCAAUUAUUUGUCCAAGGAAUCUGAAGUUCUAAUUUACGCCAGACAAGAUUCACAGUGCAUUGACUGUUUCCAAGCUUUUUUGCCUGUGCACUACCGCUAUCAUCGGCCACAUAGUAAAGAUGGAGAAACCUUUAUUGUGGUCAAUAACCCUGAUUUAUUGAUGUAUUGUGACCAAGAAUUGCCAAUUUUGAAAUGCUGGGCUCAGUCACAAGUAGCAGCUCCUUGUACUUUGAAGAAUAAGGAUAUCUGCCAGUGGAACAAUAUGAAAUAUAAAUCUGUAUUUAAGAAUGUGACUCUACAGGUUCCGGUGGGACUGACUAUACAUACCUCUUUAGUAUGUUCUGUGACUCUGCUUAUUACCAUCCUGUGUUCUACUUUGAUCCUUUUGGCUGUUUUCAAAUAUGGCCAUUUUUCCCUAUAAGUUUUAUGGAGUUAAAUGCUUUCCAUAAAUCUUUUUUUUUUUUUAACUUUCCAUAAAUCUAAAUAAGACCUGUUUACUUGUGAUUAGAAGUGUUCUUUUAGAUUUAUGUCAUUAUUUUUGUCUUUUUCUAUGGCUAAAAUUCUGUCUCCUAGAGGAAAUUUUGGACCGAUUUUAAACCAAUUCCAAAAGUUAGUCCUCUAUGUUAGAGACCUUUGAUAAUCUUCAAGCAAGUGCCAAUAGAGGAAACUUAAUUUUGUUAAAUAUUUAUUUUGUGAGAAGUGAUUUUAUCUUAAUUUCGGUUACGAAAAUGAGUAUGUAUUAGAGACAAGUUACUCUCAUUUUAUGAAUAGACACAUUUUAAUUUCAACUAAAAAUUGAGAAAAUCAUUAUAAAUAAAUAAAAUAUUUUGGAUGAAUCAGUUUAUUUAAACAUUAAUUGUAUGAGAAUAUUAAAGUUACUCAUCCAGAGUGUAAAGAAAGUAAAGUAGAAAAGCUAAGAAAUUAUUGGGGCAGCCCUGGUGGCGCAGUGGUUUAGCGCCACCGCCUGCAGCCCAGGGCGUGAUCCUGGAGACCCUGGUAUCGAGUCCCUCAUUAGGCUCCCUGCAUGGUGCCUGCUUCUGCCUCUGCCUGUGUCUCUGCCUCUCUCUCUAGCUGUGUCUCUAUGAAUAAAUAAAUAAAAAUCUUUUAAAAAAAAAAAGAAAAGCUAAGAAAUUAUUAAUAUCAAGUUUGGUUAUUCCUUUUUUUUUUAAUUUUAUUUAUUCAUGAGAGACAGAGAGGGAGAGAGAGAGAGAGAGAGGCAGAGACACAGGUAGAGGGAAAAGCAGGCUCCAUGCAGGGAGCCCGAUGUAGGACUGGAUCCUGGCCUCUGGGAUCACGGUCUGAAUCAAAGGCAGACGCUUAACCGCUAAGCUACUCAGAUGUCCCUCUCCUUUUGUAUUUUAUUAUACUCUUUUGAAUAUAUGAAUUGGCAAAGGGCUAGAUGAAACCAAGUACGAAGAGUUUUGAUUUAAUACUGAAUUUGCCAGGAAGACCAUUGAGAUUGUCAUUUUAGAAGAUGUUUUAUUAAGUUGUACAUUUACAAAAAAUAUCUUUUUUGUAUCUUUUGUUCCAUGCCAAAUGUGGGGCUUAAACUCAUGACCCUGAGAUCAGGAGUCCUAUGCUCUACCAAUUGAGACAGCCAGAGGCCCCUCUUUUUUGUAUCUUCAGUGAUUUUUUUUUUUAAACAAAAGCUCUUGUUCUACUAUUUUUUUUUGGGGGGGGGGGCGGAAACUAGGGGGAAAAUUGCCCUUAGCUAAUUAAAAAAUAAAAAGACAAGAGACACUUGGCUGGCUGAGUCAAUGGAGUGUGUGACGCUUGAUCUUGGGAUUGUGAGUUCGAGCCCCACACUGGGUGUAGAAAUUACUAAAAAUAAAAUCUUGAGGGCAGUCCCCGUGGCGCAGCGGUUUGGCGCCGCCUGGAGCCCGGAGUGUGAUCCUGGAGACCCCGGAUCGAGUCCCAUGUCGGGCUCCCUGCAUGGAGCCUGCUUCUCCCUCUGCCUGUGUCUCUGCCUCUCUGUGUCUGUGAAUAAAUAAAUAAAAUCUUAAAAAAAUAAAAAUAAAAAUAAAAUCUUGAAAAAAAUAAAAAGGCAAGCAUGUCCUGCUUAUUUAGAGCAAAGCAUGUUCUAAAAUAGAAGUCAUUAACCAGGGCAUAUUGGCAAUGUUUGUUUCAUAGAGUAAUAGAAUGAUACAGAUUUAUAUAUGGUAGCACUGCUUAAUUUUCUAAAACAUUCUGGUAUUUUUAUGAGAAUAAAUCAUUUAUAAUUUGACAUGUAUGACUUGACUAGUCAUAACAGUUCAUUUUGAAGGUGUGUUUAAGAAGUUAAAAAUUGAAAAAGGCAAUCAAAUGCCAUAAAACAAAUAUUAGAGAUGACUAAAAUUUCAAGCCCAGUCUAAUUUUAUACUUGUUUAAUAUCUUCUUAUAAGAAAGAAUUCUAUGGGGUUUUUUUUUUACAAGCAUUUCUUUCACAAUGGGAUUAAUAUUAGUGGCACUGAAAUGAAAUUAUAUGUCAGUUACAAUUCAAUAACAUCAUGGGACGCCUGGAUGGAGGUUGAGCGGCUGCCUUGGGCUCAGGGCUUGAACCUGGAGUUCUGGGAUCUAGUUCAACGUCUGGUUCCUGCAGGGAGCCUGCUUCUCUCUCUGCCUCUGUCUCUGCCUGUCUGCAUGUCUCUCAUGAAUAAAUAAAUAAAUCUUUAAAAAAGUAAUAAAAUUCAGUAACAUCAAUAGGCAGCAUAUUAAAGUAUGAAUAGAUGGGAACAUGGUACCUCCUAAGAGUAUAUUGUGGGGAGAGGGCAGAGUAUAUAU